ACAUUAUGCCCGAUGACAUGGAACUUGGGACUUGGGGACUUUGGACUUUCAAUGUUGUACUUUUCUGUUAUUCUUCUAUUACAUAUCCUUCUAUUAUUUACAUACAUACCUACUUCUCACAUUUAUGUUUCUGUCAGGUUGACAAGUCUAAGCCUAAGAAAAACCCUAGCCGAAGUCGCAUGUGUCAACUAAUAAAUUCUCGAGCAGCCCUGGAGUCAAGUCUAGGCGGUCUACAGCUGUGAAAUUCGUAGGAGACGUGUCACAUUACCAUUGGGACCAUUGACACUAUUGGGAUCAUUUUCAUCUAUUCCAUGAACAGCUUAGCUUUAGUCCACAGCUGUGUUAUACAUUACAUACACUACAUACGCAAGUAAGAAAAGAAACAGUCGCGUAUCAGGAGACUUUUAUGAACAAGUUAGGGAUUGACACAAACCUUGGUCAGACGGUGGCGAGGACGGAAUAAUUUUAUCUCUUUUUUUCUUCUUCAACAUCUCUUAUUCCGACCCUCAUACGUGCUCUACAUACUCCGUUCUUACGAGUAUUACCAAAGAAAAGAUCUAAAAAAAACGAUAAGAAUCAUUAAACGAAACCCGAGAGAAGGGCCCUUACUUCCAACACAAUGUGCAUCGUUCUUAUCACAACAGCCCAUCCGAAAUAUGCACUGAUUGCUAUUAACAAUCGGGACGAAUACAUACUGAGACCCACCAGCCGGCCGCAUUGGUACACCCACCAACCUUCGGGCGAGAAGAUUCUAUCGGCGCGAGACCUGUAUCGGCGCGAACGCGGAACUUGGCUAGGAGUUACCAAGAGCGGCCGCAUUGCGGUGCUGACCAACUACCGGGAAUCUAGUGAAGAUGACCCGGAUCCGGAUCACGCAAUCGCCGGAGUGAAGAGCCGCGGCACCGUAGUGUCGGCAUGGCUAGGCUCACCGUCGCAGAACAGCCUAGACGACUUCGUCAAUACGAUGCUAGAGGGUCGCGCCGCGAAAGGCGUCGGCGGCUUUUCGCUUGUCUGCGGUGACCUGAAGCAAAAAACGGAGAAUGGCAUCAAGCCGUUAGCAAUUAUCUCCAAUCGGUGGGAUCACAUCGGCGAAGUACCGUGGAUUGGUGGAGAGCGAGGUCAAACCUACGGGCUUAGCAACGCCGUCUAUACCGAGGACGCAAAAUGGGAGAAGAUUAUCAAUGGAAAGAAGUUGUUGAAGGAUACAAUACAAGAAGCUGUCGAGAAGGAUUUGGAUGAAGAGGGGCUGAUAAAUCGGCUCUUCGCCGUUCUUGACGACGACACUCUACCCUUGGAACCUAAAAUGACGUUCCAGCAACAUAUGGAUGCGCUUCGGCGGUCUAUAUUUAUCCGCAGUUUUGCAGAAGAUCAGGGUUGGAAAGACAUGGCCGACGCGGCCGAUGAAGGCAGAGCAAAGGCCGCGUUUGAGGAGAUUGAGGACUACAGCGAGCACGAAGCACAGAGAGAUCCCCACGGUUAUUUCAUGAAAGGAGCUUAUGGCACACAGAGACAGACAAUCGUCCUUUUAGACUGGGAAGGCAACAUCACCUUCAAAGAGCGAGCAUUAUGGGACUCCCAUGGAAAUCCAGUUGAAAGAGGCAAAGGGGAUGAGACGUUCAAGUUUAAGAUAGAAGAAUAAGAAGAUAAAAUUUAGGAUAGCAAAUGAUAAAAAGAACUUGCCAUAAAGGGUUCUGACAUGCUUUUCUUUAA